UUUUUGUAUUUCAAAUUUAACCCAUUUGGUUCAUACUUAUGGAUAAUUCAUGUUCCCUCGUACUCAAGUUAAGGAAAUUCAUUCCAAACUUUAGCACAAGGAAUCUGGUUUGCAUCGUUUGCUACUCUGAUGACCACUGGUGCAAAUACACAUCGUGCCUUUAGAAUAACUACCAAAGGACCAAAGAAAGAGCAGCUGGUUUGGGGUCAUUCUUUUUCCUGCGCUCAGUAGUGCAUAACCAUCAUUCCAAAGAUGAUAGUAAAUUAUUAAUGGAAAGUUGUUGUGUCCUGUUUUCUAAAAGACCGAAAAAGCAAUUGUUGACUAGAAUUAGUAUAUAAGUUCUACUAUUUCAACACUCAAAAGCUUUAGUCACUCAAUUUGUCACAUAGGUGGGAACCAAAAGUGUUCGCAAAGCAGAUACUUGCCGGGUUUUUUAAACUGUAUUUGGAAGGAAGAGUAAACUGUCUUAUUCUUUUGCCUUUCAAUUGUUGAAUGUGCUUAGGUUUUAUCACUUGCGGCAGAGGUACACGAGUAGAGAAAUGGGAUUUUCCUAAUAUAGCAAAGCUGUACCUUUUAACAGGGUGAAUUGUCUAGUUCUAGUUAAAAGAGAAAAAGAAGACAUUAGAUCUCAUUUUUUCUUCCUACUGUAUCAUUGACGCAUGUGUGCACCUUAUAACAGGAGUUUAGCAUAAAACUCACCAAUUGGGGCUUGGUCGAGUAUUUGUAUUCGGUCGAGCGUUAAGAGCUUGGGUGGUGACGGCAAAUGGCUUGGUCGGAUUCAAGCUUGGCGCAUCGUCUCCAUUUAAGCAUGCGUGAAUUUUUGUUAUUGAUUGUGAGAUGCGAUUUGAAUAAUUCAUUAGCAUUUUUUUUAUCCAAAAGUAAAUAAGGAUGAUCACAUUGCUUUUUCCAAAUUACGUAUCAAUAACUAAUCCACCACUUUCGGGCGUUGUUUGGCAGGGCUACAAAGUCCGGCCCGGCCUAGUUGAUCCCGUGGCGGCCCUUUACGGCUUCAAUGGACCUUGCUCCCGCUCUUCCCUUCUUCGUCUCGCUCUUCAACUUCUCCAGCAGAGCUUUCUAGCUAUGGAGACGAGGCAGGGUCGCGGCGUGUGCUUCCGUUUCAGCUUCAGUUCGACAAACCGCCUGGCUUCUCAGGUUCGGCUCUUGCUCGGCGUUCUUUCGAAGAAAUUGGAGAAAGCAAAAGGACUAGGAGGGUCAGGGGAGCUACAUCCAAGUAAAUGUAUAACAUCAUUAUGCCGGUGUCCUGAUGGUAAGGUUGUUCUCUUGGGACUUGAAGACGGUACAAUUUUACUGCAUGAUGUUGAAGGUGCUGCUUUUGACAUGCUAGUGCUUGCAGCAGUUAUGCACACUGUGGUAUAAUCAUUCUAACAGGGUAUAAAUAUGAAGCGGAAUGGAAAACUGUUGAGAAGCUUGAAGUAUGGCAGUUGGGGUAUGUCUCAACCGGGAGGAGGAUGCCCAAGUGAAUGGAGUAUGGCAUCUUUUAAGUUAAAAGUUGCUCCAAGAGUUCCUCAAAUGCCUAGACUAGUACCCGAAGAUGCUGGUUUAACUUACAAGGUUCAAGAUUCAUUUGUAGAGCUCUCAAAUUCUUCAAAGCAAUGUUUGCAUAGCCUUUGUAGUGGAGAUAAAGAUGGGGUUUUGCGCUUCAGUAUAUUUGGUGUCUUUCCAAUCGAAAAUAUUGUCAGUGUCCUAUCUGUUCAAAUCAAAUAUUUAGCUAUAUGGUCUAUCAUAUUCAAUAAAUGAGUCAUUUCCUUUUU